UUGUCAGUUCUCUUUUGGCAGUUAUUUUUGCUUAAAUUCACAAGAGGGCAGUGCUGAGUAACAAUACCCUCAAAAAGAAUCACUCUGUUACAAGCAUUCAACAGCUUGCCUGAAAGCAGGAUAAGCAAACCUACAGUAUUCUACUAAAAACGACUCAUUAUGGAGGAUUGCCGGUCCAAUACCGUGGAGUGGGACAACUGCUGCCAGGAAAUAAAAACGGAGAGCUUUCGUAUUAUCUCGCCCUUUGGGGAAGUUGAUCUUUGAAACCAAAAAAAUCACGUGCACCCAACCCUCCGCCUCUUUACGACUGAUUGUAUUUUCUGUACCUGCAUCUGCUGCAUGUUGUGUCGAAUAAUGCACACUAACUCUCGUUUAAAGUCUGAAAAUGAGCGAUCAGAGAAAAAACGCGUUUAAAACAAUGCUUCAACUGACGUGCCAACUUCUCUGGGUGGUGGGGUUGGUGGUGGGCAUGAGCGGGGUCUACCUGCUGAUGAAGUACAAGCAGAACAGCUUAUUUCUUUCUCCCAGCUACAUCCCCCUGCCCGCUUUCCUCGCUCUUGCCAGCGCUGUGUUGAUAUUGGCCUGCGGGGGCCUCGGCUCCUUGCUGAGCAUCCGAGAUUCCACCUUUCUGCAGGGACUGUUUGUUUAUCUACUAGUGUUGGUCUUUUGUCUGGAAAGUACAGCUUCAGCGUUGGCAUUUUUUCACACUACAAAGCUGGAGUCAGAGUUAGCUCCUCUUAGUGGAGUGUUUCAUAACUACACAGGCAGCAGCCAGGACCCUGACUCUCAGGCUGUGGAUGCUACACAAGCAGAGUUGCAGUGCUGUGGAGUGCAUGACUACAGGGACUGGCUGGAAACCUCUUGGUUUAACCGCACCGGAGGCCUCUUGGUUCCUCAAAGUUGUUGUAACUCUACUUUCACCUCCUGCAAUGGCACUGUGGACCAACCGUGGCAGCUUUACGCACAGGGCUGCCAGGUGAAGCUGGAGAAGAACUUGCAGUUUGUGCUGAGAUGUAUCAUCUGGGGCUCCCCGACUGUUUUUCUCGUGGAGGUUGUUUUGUUUCUGACGAUGGCACAGCUGAUGACUGACCAACCACUCAUAGAAUAUAGAAUACUUGGCAAAAACUAAAUUCACCGUUAAAGAUGGAACUGCUUUGAUCUUUGCACACAAACUUUCAAAAUACAUUAUAUGUCAUAUUCUAGUGUUGGUCUGGAACCAAAUUAUUAUCGUGGUUAUGUUAUGGAUUUUUCCUGAGCUGCAGAAGCCUGUGCUCUCCCACUACUAACUGUAGCUUUGGUCCACUACAUAACAGCACACAAGCAAGUGACACAAAAGUAAUGACAUGUUUCUUUUGUUUAAUGCAGUCUGAUGUUUCUGAAACCAAAAAGAUGAAUACAACUCGGGACAGGGCUCUUUUUGCCUGUGCCCGUGUGGACACUCCAGUAUAGCUUUAUUGAACGAAUGAUGACAUGUGGCAUAAUCGUUCGGAUAAUAAAGCAACAUUUGUGUUUUCCAAGGUUCAUGAUCGCUGGUGUUGAAGCACUUUUUGAUGCUGCUGUGUGUAACUUGUAUUUGUUUUGAAUUGCAACACAGGAUUAAUUUCUAAAGGGAAAAUCAACUUAACCUUUGGUUAGCUCGAAGUGCUGUUGAUCACACUUGCACAACAAAAAAAUAUUAUCUGAAUACUAAUAUUAGUUUGACACACAUUUCACGUCUCAUUCUGUACACUGUUCGUUCAGUGUCUCAAUAAAUGUUUUCACAUAAUUUAGUUUUUCUUCUAAUCUCAUUAAAUCCAAUACAAAAAACAUUUAAAUUGUUACUCAUCCAUGGCAAGAAUUAUUCUUGCUCAUUUGAUGAAUGUGAUGAAGACAUAAAUCACCUUAAAGCAUUGUUUUAACACCAGACAAGAACAUCAUUAACUGUUUAUAAUAUGAGCCAGGUUUACAAGUCUGUACCUUAGUUUAGCAAAAUAAUAAUUGCUAAGUUACACAGACUUUCCAUAAACAUACUUGUCUUUACCGUGAGGGAAACAUUCAAGUUAAUGUAUUUUGUUAAAUGUUUGUGUUACACUCAGUCUGUUGCAAUAUAGUGAAAAUACCUGAUAUAGAUUUCCAGAGUCAGUGUGAUACAGUUGAAUAAAAUAAAAAAGUCGAUCCACUA